AUGCAGCGCCUAAAACCUGCUCACGAAAUUUACAAACGUUUGAAAUGGGACGAAGAGGUUAUCCCUGGGGGUGAUUUCAUCAUCGGUUACGAGGAUAGGUUUCUGGGCAUAAUGGAAGCAACCGGGAGAGACUUCGAAGAAGAUGAAAUUCCGUUUCAUCGAAUACGUUAUUUCAAAAUUGCGUCGACUGGUCAAAUUGUUUGGGACAGGGAAAAACGCGUGGACCUCAUUACUCGCAACUACGCUGGCCCUUCGUCAUCACAAAAUGAUUCAUACUCAUCGGAAGAAGAAAGUUCGGGAUUCCAAGAGUCACCCGAACUUACGACCAGCAAAUCCCCAAUUUUUUCCGUAAAAUCAAAAAAGGAUUACCUUAAGAGAAAGAGAAGAAAGAGUUUGCAAAAAUCGAUCAAUGAAGCUAGAGAACAGCUGGAGGAAGAAAAAAGGAUAGAGGAGGAACACCUUCAGCAGCAUGAAGAUAAAAUGCGGGAGGUCGAAGAACGUAUCGAACGCUUUCAAGAGUUACAA